CUUACACCUGUCCCCAUGGUUGUAGUGUUUCUACUAGCCCCUGUAAACCCAGCGGAGGCCAGCUAGCUUGUCUGGUAUCCGACCUAGUUCACAACAGCAGGCGUUACAUCACUUUGGGUCGUUUCCACCUGGGAAAUAGCGGCCUAAAGGAGCCAACACUACUUCUUCAUACAAUAGGCACUGUGACAUUAGUAUGACACACUGACCUGUCAAACUAAAACAGAAAGCAAACAGUGACUUAGCAUUUUUUUUAUUUUUCACCAAGACGUGACUGGUUUUUCGUACCCUGUGAGUAAACCUGAAAACAAGCUCGUUUGCAUGUUCGUAGGAGGGUGAAGCAGGACAUUUAGUCACCUUAGCGUGUGUUCCUAAUUCCUAGCUGCUUAUUCCUCUCCACUCCUCAAGGAUUUUGAGCCCAAAAGAAGAGUUAUGUCCUGUCCAUGCACUUCGGCUGCCAGGUUGUUUCUGAACACUGCUCACAGAGGAUUAUCCUGCUCCCGGAUCCAGUUUUAUUCUCUUAGUCGUCAGGGGUCUCGAGAAGCUCACUUGCCUGCCCGGAUACGGGUGAGGUCAUUUUCAGAGACUUCUGUCUGCUAUGCCUCCAAAGACGGGACAACAAAGGACUCUGAUGGUGGAAAGAAAAGUAUCGGUGAGGGGAAAAGACUGUCUGGCUCUGGAGGAUCAGGGAAGGGGGGAAGCCAGCUGCGCUGCCCUAAAUGUGGAGAUCCCUGCACACACGUAGAGACCUUUGUCUCAUCAACGCGUUUUGUCAAGUGUGAGAAAUGUCAUCACUUUUUCGUGGUCCUGUCUGAAACGGACUCCAAGAAGGGGCUAAACAAAGAGCCAGAAUCUGCUGCAGAGGCCGUCAAGCUGGCGUUUGCGCAGAAACCUCCCCCUCCCCCGAAGAAGAUUUACGCGUACCUUGAUAAGUAUGUGGUCGGCCAGUCAUAUGCAAAAAAAGUGUUAGCAGUGGCAGUCUACAAUCACUACAAGCGCAUCUACAACAACAUCCCAGCUGGGAGUCGACAGCAGGUGGAGGUGGAGAAACAGCCCUCUCUAACGCCUCGUGAGCUAGAGAUGAGAAGACGAGAGGAUGAAUACAGAUUCACAAAGCUGCUGCAGAUCGCAGGGAUCAGUCCUCAUGGGAACGCUCUGGGGGCGUCCAUGCAGCAACAGGCGAGCCAGCAAGCACCUCAGGAGAGGAGAGGCGGGGAGGUCCUGGACUCCACACACACUGACAUUAAACUGGAGAAGAGCAACAUCAUACUUCUAGGUCCAACUGGCUCAGGGAAAACAUUGCUGGCCCAGACACUGGCACGUUGUCUGGAUGUUCCUUUUGCCAUUUGCGACUGCACCACACUAACUCAAGCCGGAUACGUGGGAGAAGACAUCGAGUCAGUUAUUGCCAAACUGCUCCAAGAUGCCAACUACUCUGUGGACAAAGCACAACAAGGUAUUGUGUUUCUGGAUGAGGUUGAUAAGAUUGGCAGUGUGCCUGGCAUCCAUCAGCUGAGAGAUGUAGGAGGAGAGGGAGUCCAGCAGGGGUUGCUUAAACUCUUGGAGGGAACAAUCGUCAAUGUUCCUGAGAAAAACUCCAGGAAACUGAGAGGAGAGACGGUACAGGUAGACACAACAAACAUUCUCUUUGUUGCAUCCGGUGCCUUCAACGGACUCGACAGAAUCAUAAGCAGAAGAAAGAAUGAAAAGUAUUUAGGUUUUGGUACUCCCUCCAAUCUGGGGAAAGGGCGCCGUGCAGCGGCUGCCGCAGACUUGGCUAACACCAGUGGUGAGACUGAUACAGUGGCAGAGAUAGAGGAGAAGGACAGGCUGCUGAAGCACGUGGAGGCCAGGGAUCUGAUCGAGUUUGGAAUGAUCCCAGAGUUUGUUGGCCGUCUCCCUGUCGUCGUUCCUCUUCACAGCCUGGAUGAAGAAACACUAGUCCGUAUCCUGACUGAACCCCGCAAUGCUGUGGUGCCCCAGUACCAGGCUCUGUUCAGCAUGGACAAAUGCGAUCUUAAUGUGAAUCAGGCUGCCUUGAGGGCCAUUGCCAGGAUGGCUCUGGAGAGGAAAACUGGAGCUCGUGGGCUCAGAUCCAUAAUGGAAAAGCUCCUUCUUGAGCCCAUGUUUGAGGUGCCGCACUCUGACAUUGUAGCUGUUGAGCUGGACAAAGAUGUUGUCCAAGGAAAAGCACAACCCAGAUAUAUCAGAGCCCCGGCCAAAGAGUCCGCAGAGGAGGAAUACGACUCGGGCAUCGAGGAGGAGAACUGGCCUCGGCAGGCGGAUGCUGCUAACAACUGAUCCACAAGUCACUCAUUUCACCUCAGACUCCCUCUGAAAUCUAGAUUACUAUGAACCUUUGGAUACCAACUCUGGGCUUUACUAUAGCUCCUGAAAAACAAGCUGUGGACAUUGUGUUAGAGGUAAUGAAGGCUGCUGGUUUUCAUCAAGGAGUGUUUCAUGAUGAACAAGUUAAGAGAGGGUAACAACCUUUGGUCCUGUGCAUCAGAUGAUAAUCCUCUAGCCGUGCACUCGCAGAGUGGACCUUUAUAAAAUAUUUCAAUCUCUGGGGAUUGUUAACAUUUUAUCUAUAUAAAGAUAAUGCAAUUUUAUUCAUGAAAGGAUUUGUAGUUAGUUAAUUUGUUUUCUCUUUUGUGUGGUGAUGGGCUGUCAUGGCAAGGGAAGCAAAUGGAAAUAAUGGGAUCAUACUGUACACUUGAAAACGUGAGGCGCUGAGAAAGUGUAGAUGUGAUGUUACCAUGUCAAGUAAUGCCUUAUAUCAUAAGGGCAUAAUAUUCCAUGAGCACAUCAAUAUUUUGAUGUUUUCCUUCUGUACCACCAUUGUAAUAAUGGUGUUCACAGUUAAACCGGGCUGUAAAUGUUGAGCUACACUGCCUAGGUAGCAUUUAUAAGCAGUUUGUAUGACAUUACCUCUAAUUAGGAGAACACAUUGUGUCGUGUAACGCACCAGCACACUAAACAGAGCAGGUGAAGUAGAAUGGUGACCUUUUAAACAGCCAGAAUGGUUAUUUUUCAGUGUUUAGCAUCCUUUUCUAGCCCGCUGUUUAGGGAAUGUAUAUGUGUUAAAACUAUCAGGCCUCUGGAGCAGAGGACUGUCUCACAGAGCAGGAUUAGCAGGCCAGCUAGCUAAUUUGAGGUGUGGAUGAAACAACAAUGCUACCUAGUAGCUAUCCUCUAGUACACAUGUUCUUAUACCUGAGACCUGAAACUUUCUUCAACAAUUUAAAAUCCUAAUCGGACACUUGAUACUCUCUCAGUCAGCUGGAUGCCACUCUAAGCCUGCUGAGUGAGACAUUCCUCACAACAGCACAAGUAUUUUUAUUUUCUUCGUGUGUGCCCCAGCGUUGGAAACUCACCUUAUAUGAUGUAAUAUUCCUUACUAAACGGUAUUCAAUGAACACAUCUGUAAUCAAACCUUCACCUUACCGCUCUGUGACUGAACUGAACCACGCUGCUGUACUCCUAAAAAAAAAUGCUGUUUGUGCUAUAAAAUGAGAUUAAACUAGAUCUGUUCUCCUUUUGCUUUAAGUUUCCUUUUCUUUCGUGAAGAUGCUUUUCUGUUUUCAGGGGUCUGUUACAGAACCUGUAACCCCCCCUCCCCCCAACGUUUGUGAAUCUUAUUUCAUUGUGAUUGUUUCAAAAUAUAUAUAAAUAAAAUGUAAUCUCUGUA